AUGCCGGAAUAUUAUAAUUAUGAGAGAACGGCCGCACCGCUUAAGGGGCCUGAUUCAGGGUGCAAAAGAAUGGAGGCGAAGACGAGAAAGGCCUCUUUUUUCGGACGGCGUGCCAAUAACGAGAAUGAAUGUCUGAGGCAGCCGAAGCACGAGGCCGAGGACAGCACGGCCGGUAGAACCACCGAGAACAAGCCUAAUUUCCCGUGA